GUUGCUGUCACUCAGGAAACGUGCACUUCCGUUUUCAGUCUACUCAAGCAACACAUUUUCCAUUUCGGUGACCACCCUGUGUUUGAGAAGGUGAAAGCUAUACACCAGAGGCUGGGUGGGUAUGUUCACAGAAAAAUGAAAUCUAUUUAUAACCUCCUUAUCGUCAAACAAACAGAGCGCAACAGCGGUGUAGACAGAGGAGGAGACUCACUGCUUUCAUUUUCUAACAGAAGAGGCGAGGAAGUGAUUUGAAGUCGAGGUCUGUGCUUCUUAAGUUCGCCAGCGGUGGGUUUUGAUUUUUAACCGACAGCAGAUGGAGUUUUCUGACCACAUCAAGACCGCCAAUGUGGAGGAUGUUGUGCUCCGACAGCCCCUACACCCGCCGAGCAGGGGCACCCUGUGCAUCACCGGCCACCACCUGCUCUUCUCGGACAGGGGGGAGGGCAGCUCCCGGCAGGUUUUACUGCUCCUCAGGAACAUCGAUGCCAUUGAGAAAAGGAUAUCUGGAUCCUCAGGAACGAUUACCAUCAAGUGUAAAGAUCUGCGUGUGCUACAGCUUGACAUCCCAGGCAUGGAGCAGUGUCUCAAUAUUGCACGCUCUAUCGAGACUCUGUCCUGUCUGGACUGUGUGUCGGAGAUGUAUCCUUUCUUUUACAGACCUACUGAUCUCAGCCUGGAGGACCAGUGGGGUCUCUCAUCCCCUGAAAAGCUCUACAGUCAAGUGACAGAGCUCCAUGAUAGGUGGAGAUUGAGCACUGUGAACAAAGAACACUCAGUGUGUCCCACCUACCCCUCAGCUCUCAUCGUUCCCAAGGACAUAAAUGAUGACAUGUUGGUAAAAGCAGCCAAAUUCAGACAGGGGGGACGUUUCCCCGUCCUCUGCUACUACCACAGGAAGAAUGGCAUGGUAAUCAUGCGCAGCAGUCAGCCGCUGACGGGGGCCAAUAGGAAGCGCUGCAGGGAAGAUGAGCUCCUCCUCGAGGCUGUGAUUGACGGCUCUGACAAAGGUUACAUUAUUGACACCCGCUCCAGUCAGCAGGCUCAGCAGGUCCGGAUGACAGGUGGAGGGUUUGAGUCCAAAUCGUGCUACAGCCGCUGGAAGAGACUACACAGACAGGUGGAAAGGGGUAAAGCUCUCCAGGAGAGUCUAAUUAAGCUGGUGGAAGCCUGUGGUGACGAGUCCCAUAAUAUGGACCGUUGGCUCAGUAAGCUCGAGAAUUCAAAGUGGCUGUCUCGCAUCCAAACUGCUCUGUCAACUGCUGGCCUGCUGGCAGAGUGUGUGGAGAGAGAUGGUCAUUCGGUUCUGGUUCAUGGUUCUGAAGGGACAGAUUCCACUUUGCUCAUCAGCACUGUGGCUCAGCUCAUCAUGGACCCAUGCUGCCGCACACUGGAGGGGUUCCUGGCUCUGCUGGAGAGGGAGUGGGUACAGGCAGGACACCCGUUCCAGCAGCGAUGUGCCCACUCAGCCCACUCCCACGCUCGUCUCCAGCAGGAGUCCCCGGUCUUCCUGCUGCUGCUGGACUGUGUGUGGCAGCUGUGGCGUCAGUUCCCUCUGGCUCUGGGCUUCUCCGAGGCGCUGCUCCUGAAGCUGGCGACUGAGGCCUACGCCUCCAACUACGGCACCUUCCUCUGUAACAGCGACCAGGAGAGGUGCUCUCUAGGAGUGAAGGAGAAGACUCACUGUUUGUUCCAGGCCCUGCUGAGGCCCGAGGAGAGAGAGCGUUACUCCAACCCCCUGUAUGAGCGCACUGAGCUGGCAAUCUGGCCCUCAGUCCACCCUCAGUCCCUGCAGCUCUGGAGAGGCUUUUUUCUGAGGUGGACUCAACAGGCUCGUCACCUGGAGGAGGCUCAGGAGGAAAUAAGAAACAUGGUCAUUGCAUGGGGGAGGCUGGCACUCAACUGAUAAAACCGUCCAACAUGUAUGAGUAUGUGAAGAUGAUCAGUCUGAACAUGUUGAACAUGUUUUAAUGAGGAACGUUAAAAUGUGCAAUGCCUUUGACUCUGGGAACGUUUUCCGAAUCCUCAAUAACCUGCAGUGAUUUAAUGUAAAGUAUAUUUUAUUCUUUCAUAAAAUAAUAUUAGAAAAAACUUAAUUGUUGGUGUCAUUUGAGGCUUUUAGCCAUCUAUAAUUUCACAUCAUAUUUCACUGCUUUAUAAACGACUUAAAUUUUCUCUAAUUAUAGCCUGUGUUUUGCAUAAUUCCAGUGGGAUGAUUAUUUUCUGGCAAAUAUUCACUCAUAAAUAUUAUCAAAAGAAGAAGGCUGUGUAACUGACACACCUCCCAGUCCUGUUAAGCUCAGCUAAACACUCUUCACAAUGCAAAUCCCUGUGCACAGCAAGUCAGCAUGUUUGCACACACGGAGCUUUGCAAGCUGGAGACUGUAGUCCUGUUCAGUCAAGAGCCACAAGCCCUGGUGAUUACACAAAGUGGACAAGAACCACAUAGCCCAGCAUGACUUUCUAUAGCUGCUUAUUUAUCCAGUGGUUACUGGGUGAACUGAAACGGUGACCAAUCGGAUGGUAAUCUUUUCAUUCUAACACGUAAAUGCCUCAAACGCUG